GAAGCCGGUGGGGCCUCCUCGCUCUUCGCCGACAAGUGAUCGUUUACAGUUAUAGUCAGUCCGCAUUGGGCGUUCGACCGGCCCUGACUGUAUCAGCAUCAUAGUCGCUGAUAAAGUUUCAUUUCUGUCUUCUUCGAAUACGUCGCGUCGCCGCGACUUUUCUCUCUCUCUCUCUCUCUCUCUCUCCCUCGCGGCAAGUACGAAAUCGUGCCGAAUAACAGUGAUUCCCUCUCCCCCCACGCCGAUCUCUGGAACACCCAUUUAAAUCUUCUUAUCGUCGUGGCUGAUAAUCGUCGUCAAUCGAACGCGACGUGGUUGCUUCCGAUUUUAAAGCUUGCAGCGGCGCGACCGUGAUUGUUAGAACGGUUAUUAAGAACCAUUUCAAAAGUAACGAGUUCUCGCGACGGGCUAAGCAACGAUCAGUGGAUUUAGUGGUAGGAUCAAUGAGUGUGAUCGUGUGAAAGGAAAAGUGCGAAAUCGUACGGCGCACGAAAAGCGCGCUGGUGCCGACGCUGGUUUUCAGUGAGCGUGCACUCGUCUCAUUUACACGAGGCACUGAUGGAGAAUAAGCGACCGACGAGAGGGAUCGAACUGUGAUUCUGAUCAAAAUAAUGCGAAGCUUGGAUAGGCUAUCGAGUAGCGACCAAGACUGUGGCGAUCGGGAAAUGUAUAUCGACCUAGACGACGCAUCCGUUGACUCGCUUACUGGGAAACGUAGUCGCCAUCAUGGCGCGGAGGUGGGCGAGGAGAGCGACAGUAGCGGAAGCGAGAGAAGCCCGAAACAGGCGAAGAGAAAAAAUCGCGGUGGUGCGCCGCCGACCACGAGAAGACGGAAAAGCGGAAUUUCUGCGCGUGAGAGGAACCUGAGGAGGCUCGAAAGUAAUGAGAGAGAGAGAAUGAGAAUGCAUUCUCUUAAUGAUGCUUUUGAGCAAUUACGCGAGGUAAUACCACACGUAAAAAUGGAGAGGAAGCUCAGCAAGAUAGAAACGCUCACGUUGGCGAAAAAUUAUAUAAUGGCACUAACAAAUGUCAUAUGCGAGAUGCGCGGCGAGGAGCAACCGUACACGUUUGUCGAUGGCGAAUGCGGCUCCAGUAGCGGUGAUAGCACCGGUCAAUUAGAAUUAAGCGGCGGCGAGCAACCGGACGAAGCAUCGCCCGCCUCGAUUCACGAAACUAACAACAAUAGCCUUCUCCAUGAAGAUCUAGAACGCAAGAUUUAAGGAAUUUGAUCUAAACGAUAAAUGUCGAGACACGUGUUACACACACGCUCGCACACACAGACUCUGUGAUAAACUAUCAUACUAGUGCCUUUCGUAAGACAGCAAUUCGCGACGGUUCGCUCAUUAUCGCCAUGGAUCUACGUAGAUCGUACAUUCUUGAAAAUUUCGCGUCGAAGUGAUCAAAAAUUAUUCUGCAGAUACACUUACGCAACGCGAGAAAAGAUAAACCGUGAGAGUGGAUAGCAAGUAAGAGGACGACAAGAAGAAAAAAAUAUAAAGAGAGAAGCAAGACAAACAUAAUAAAAUAGAAUAGAGUGAAUAGAGAUAAUGAUAUAAGAGAGAAAAAGAAAGAGACAGGAAGAAUACGCGUUUUAGAUUAUACGUAUAUACAGGAUGUUUCAGAUUUAGCGCGUAAAUCUUUCAAAUAGAGAUUAUUCCUCGAUAAAUAUCAAAAGUCAGAAAUGUCCUCAGAAGUUUCAUAGGAAGCCAUUUUUCCUCAUAACUUUUAAUUUCUAUCUUCAACAUUAGAUAUCCUAAUAGUCAAGCCUCAAUGUAAGUCUUAAUUCCUAUAUUUGAGAUUGAAGCAAUACCCAUUAAUUGAAGAAAGAUAUUUUAUUGUGUGAUCGCGAGUUCCUGAAGCGUAAUUCGUCCAAAUCAUUUAAUUCACAAUCACUUAUAAUUCAGAAGAAUAAAUAACAUAACUCGAGAAUGAAGUAAUCAAAAAUGGAAACAGGCAACAAUCGGAAUUAUUUUUACUUUGUCUUUUAUCUGUGGCUGAAAAGCAAUGAAAAUGACUUUUCUCAAAUAUAUAAAUAAUGACGCGUUCCGGUACGCGCGUCUCUCGCUGUAUAUAUAGAAUAUAUCGAGAUCAUAUUCAGAGAAUAUUUAUAUAUUGUACGGCAUGUGUCAAACACACCGAAAGUAACGGUCGUGCAAUUUCAUGAUUCGCAAAUUUUCUCUAUCGAUCGUUAAACUUUCAUUAAUUUAUUCUUUGAUCGACAUUAUCAACCCAGCGCGAGAUAUUACUAUAUUAAUUAUUGCGAUUACUAUUUCUACUACUAUUAUAUUCUGCUAUAA